AAGCCAGCGUAAGCAGUGUGCUUUAAUAUUUUGUCUUUAAGAGUUUUUCUCCGAUGAAAUCACAACUUGACAAACAUUUAUUUAUAUUCCUUUUUUCCUCUCUCUAGAGUCUAGACAUAUACUUACAUUUUGUUAUUGAUAUAUAUCUCUAAUAAUAAUCUCCAUUUUAGACAUUUAUAUACUCUCCAUUCUCAUCUCUUGUACAUACCAUAAGAAGAGAGGAAUUUUAUAAAAUGCCUUCUUCACUUCAGCUGCAUAGAAUCAACCCAAGCACCGCCACACUCGCCGGUAACUACCACAAACAGCAAUCACAAUCACAGCCUACAUGGAUCACUCCCGUUUCCGUUUCUGUCCCUGACUACGUAUUGCAUUGUCACACCCACGUUGUGGGCCCCGAUCAGUGUUGCUCCGCUGUAGUACAAGCCAUCUCCGCCCCAAUCGGCACCGUUUGGUCCCUCGUCCGCCGCUUCGAUAACCCGCAAGCAUACAAGCACUUUCUUAAAAGCUGCCACGUCAUCGACGGCGAUGGGAACGUCGGUAGCUUAAGGGAAGUCCGCGUUGUUUCUGGCCUUCCCGCAGCUUCUAGUACGGAGAGGUUGGAGAUUUUAGACGAUGAAAAACACGUACUCAGCUUUAGCGUCGUCGGCGGCGAUCAUCGGCUUAACAAUUACCGAUCGGUGACGACGCUGCACACAGCGGAUGAUGACGAUAACGUGACGAUGGUGGUGGAAUCGUACGAGGUUGAUGUUCCACAAGGGAAUACUAAGGAAGAAACAUGUGUUUUUGUAGAUACAAUUGUGCGGUGCAAUUUGCAAUCGUUGGCGCAGAUAGCAGAAAACUUGGCCAAAAGAAAGAAUUCUGAUGAUCCAGAACUGAAACUUCAUAGAUCGGUAGAUUUCGAAGACUGUAAGGUUGGUUCUUGGAAAUGUUACAACGUGAUAGUUUCAUAAUUCUAUGACAUUAUUAUUCUAGUAAAGUUACACCUCUCGUUUUUAUAUAACAACUAUUUACUAUAAAAAAUAACUCGGUAUAUUUUCCGGAAUCAAUUUUUAUAAUAAGCCAAAAAAAAUCAGAACAAAUGAGUCUAUUAUAAAAAAAAUUUUGACUGUACUGUACGUGAAUACUUGGUUGUCACCAUCACAUAAAUUCCUCCUAGUUGUUCAUUUUCUUUUCCUUCCUUCCUUAUGUUCUCAGCAAAUCUUGGGAAUUCCCGAUUCUGGUGAAGGCAAUUGUUCUAUGUUUUUUUCUCGCCUUUUGUUAACUUAUCAAAUAGAAGGUGCAUUUUACCUA